CUCUGCUUUAUUUCAUUCAAUAUUAUUCACAGGCUCUAGCAGUUGCUACCUCUCUUCCAUAAAAUCCAAACCCAGUUCCAUUGCAAUUGGCGUAUUUUAGAUAUUUUAGAUUUUGAAUAUUAUCUGAGUUAAAUAGGAUUCAACUGGCUCCAAUUGGGUUAAAUAAAUUAGAGUUGAUAAAUUUUUGUGAAUGUUUUGUAAAUGGAAGUUCUAUGCCUACUAUUCUAGAGCCAGUAAAGCUUAAUUAUUUGAAUUCAACUAGUUUAAAGAAAGUACUCCUCAUUUUAAUAAUAAUAUUGAAAAGAAUAGCAUUAAAUAUUGUUGAAGACUCAAAUUUAUUGAUUUAUUUAUCCAGUAAUGCUGCUACUCAUGACAAUUCUGCAAAAAAGAGUUAUUACAAAAGUCAAAAUCCUGGUUUCAAUAACCAAAUUACAAAGUUUAAUUAUAUUUCUACAAAAUACCUAAUAAAAUUUCGAGAGAAAGAUUAUGUGAAUAGAAUUGUUUAUUGUUGCUAUCAAAAGACAACACAAUAAUGUAUUGCAAAUAUUAUCUAAAAAGCUAUCGUUAUCAUCAA